UCAUGAUUAUUUUGACAGUUUCAUGAAAUUGCUCAUUCCUUUCAUUGUCUUUCGUUCUUCUAGUAUUUCACUUUCUAAUAACUUGAUUUCACAUCAGGGAUAGGGUUCAAGAUGACAGCAGAAGAUGACACAGAUUUUAUUUUGAAUUACAUGACAGAGGUGGAAACAGUGGCAGAGGAUAUUCUAGCUAAAAAGCAGCACAUGAUAGAACUGGACAAGAAAAGACAAAAGACUAGAGAAGCAAUCAGGGUGCUCCAGAAAGAUAAAGUCUCCAGAAAGAAAUGGGUUUGCUUUGGAAACAUGUUCAUUAAAAUGCCAACCAAAGAAACAAAGAAACUCCUGGAGAAAGAUUUUGAUCAGCUAGACAAUGAAAUCGCAGAAACCAGAAAGGAAUUGAAGCCCAAAGUGAGCCAACUGCAUGAUCUGGAACACAAAGACAACCCUAAGGGCUUCCAUUUGAAUCCUUUAACCAAAGAGGAUAUGCGAGCUGUAGAGCAGAUGCUAUAAACUGUGUAAAAGGUCAUGAAAGUGUACUUAACAAGUGCAUUCUGGAAGCAGUAGUAUGAUUCAUACAAUUGUGAAUACUUCUCAUUUAAUAACAAAAUGUUUGAAAUAAGUAUGCCGGAGACGUUUUUCAAGGAGGACGUUCUAACCGAUGUUUGGUUAAAAACAUUGAAAUCUGAUGUGUUCUACUACCACUUGUCAUGUGAUCUCUGUUCAAAAACUGUGAUGUAUAAUCAGUUAAUUUGUAGAAAUUACUACACGGUGACCAAAUGCAUAAUGAAAUAUAAAGGUCGGUUGUUUGUUGAAAUAAAAAAAUUGCUCAUAAUUUA